AGAGGCGAAGCUCCGGGAGAAAGUCGCUGCUUCUCACUUCUGUAGCGCGAGAGGAGGAGACGAACGAGCGCAGGGUGAAAACUUUACUCUCAAACAAGUCCCACAACCUUCUCUACCAAAUCAACAUUGAGCUGUGGAUUAUGCACGGAAGAGAACAUCUUUUUACGCUCGUGUCGUUGCUCGUGGUUGUAAAUUUCUGCGCUACAGUUUCGGGCUCUGUUUCCGGAUAAUAGCCCACUGUUUUGGAAAGAAUUUCUCUGCUGGGAUUUUCCGUUCAUUUCUAUUAUUUUAUGACAAGUUGCACUCCCAAAGUAGGCCUAAUACAUCUUCCAAAAUCGUGCUGCCAGAUCUGGGACAUGGACAGACAUAGAUAACAAGGGUGAAGAUUUGGCUGGCUGAAAGAAGUUGGGCCUCGCGCUCAAGUUCAGCGGGACCACUUCCUGAUGAUGACAGUAAACAUGAAUGACGGUCUCCACAUUAGACCUGGACAGCACAGGAACUCUCAAGAUGAUGAGGAGGCACUCAACUCUAUCAUGAAGGACUUGGCAGCACUGGGCCGCUGCUCCACUCAGAGCAGCCACAAGCCCAAACAUAGAACUCUACUGUACAAACAGGAUCUCAGAGUCAAGCUGGAGCAUGAGAGAGAGAAGCGAAUCAUCCCGUUUCAGAGGCCAUUGAAGAUCAAGGAGCUGCAGCAGAAAGUGACUGAGGCCUUUGGACAGCAGAUGGACAUGUUCUUCAUGGAGAAAGAGUUGCUGCUGCCUCUGAAGACUCAGGAGGACCUCGACCAAGCCGUGUUGACACUGGGGACCAAUGGGCUGCUGCGGAUACUCCUCAAGACCCCCAAGAACAACCAUUACCUACAGGUGAACACUAGGGACAAGCAGAGCGAAAUGAAGUCAUCGCGGUCACUGGGGGACCUCAAGGGCUCGCUGCUCAAGGGCUCCGAGCGGGUGCGCAAACACUCCACAGGCUCGCUGCACACAGGCAGGACGUCCCCUCCGCCGGGUAGUGUCCCAGAGGAGCAGCAGCAGAUCGCACGCCAAGGCAGUUACACCAGCAUCCACAGCGAGGGAGAGUUCAUCCCUGAGACACUGGACCCAAAUAUGCUGGAUCCAUUUGGAAGUGCAGACAACUCACUGUCGAGCAGCUGUCAAUCAAUAGACCAAGCACUGGACAGUCCUCCUUUUUCACAAAACAACCGUGACAAUAAUUACCUGAACCUCAAUUAUGAAUACAAAGGACGGCAUCGGAAAGGAGGCACUUUUCCUCGACAGUUCCAGCUGCCAAAUCCCAGCAAAGAUUAUGGAGACCGUCGCCGCACACUUCCACGAAGCUUCAUGCCUCAGGAGAACUUGUUCCAGCUGGUUCCCUCCAGUCGUUCUCGGAGCUACAUUGGGGACAGUACACUCCAGUACAGUGAUCUACGCACACUGGGCCGCACCACAGACAAGAGCUGUCAAAGAGGAACCAAGUCUCCUCGGGCGCCAGUCAACUGGAGACAGGGCAAGCUCCUGGGACGUGGAGCAUUCGGGGAGGUCUAUCUGUGCUAUGAUGCUGACACAGGCCGCGAGCUGGCUGCCAAGCAAGUGCCCUUUGACCCUGACUGUCAAGAAACCAGCAAGGAGGUGAAUGCUCUGGAGUGUGAGAUCCAGCUGCUGAAAAACCUGCGCCAUGAUCGGAUCGUUCAGUAUUAUGGCUGCCUGCGGGACUUGGAGCAGAGGAAACUCACCAUUUUUGUUGAAUACAUGCCUGGGGGUUCUGUGAAGGACCAGUUGAAAGCCUAUGGGGCUCUAACAGAGAAGGUAACACGAAGAUACACCAGGCAGAUCCUCCAAGGAGUCUCCUACCUGCACAGCAACAUGAUCGUACACCGAGACAUCAAAGGUGCCAACAUCCUGGGGGACUCUUCAGGAAACGUGAAGCUGGGAGACUUUGGAGCCAGCAAAAGAAUCCAGACUAUCUGCAUGUCUGGUACAGGAAUCAAGUCUGUCACUGGCACCCCCUACUGGAUGAGCCCAGAGGUCAUAAAUGGAGAGGGAUAUGGGCGAAAAGCUGAUGUAUGGAGUGUUGCCUGCACUGUUGUGGAAAUGUUGACCCAGAAACCUCCUUGGGCUGAGUACGAGGCCAUGGCUGCCAUCUUUAAAAUAGCCACUCAGCCGACAAAGCCUCUGCUUCCAGAGGGAGUGUCGGACCACUGCAGAGACUUCCUGAGGCAGGUGUUUGUGGAGGAAAAGUGGAGGCCGACUGCAGAUGCCCUGCUCAGUCACCCAUUCGUUCAGGGCAGUUUCUGAUGCUCCAUCCCUCCCCUCCCCUGCCUGUGAGGCCCCCAUGGCCCCGGCACUCCCCUCCUCUUCGGCCCGCUCCGCACCUCAGGGCCUUCUGUCACCAGGCUCCAGGGUCCACUCCGCCUCCACGCCCUGUCAUCUAUCACCAACAUCUGCCUUGUCAGGACUGACAUCCCUGUACCGUCACCACCUUUCUCAGAAUGAAGGGUUCGCAGAAGGGCCAGGUCAGCUACUGUCAGACAUCCUGAAUCCUCCGAGGCAUUGCGAGCAUUCCCCAAAGACGGGACUGACAAGAAAGCACUUAGCAGUCUGGCAAGCUCCAGACAGUUUUUAUUCCAAGACUAGGAAAGUGGUUAGAGAUGUGAAGCCUCAAACUGUCGAGGUCUCACUUAUUGCACUCACCUUGUGCUAAGAAUAGAGUCUUGUACAGGCCAAACCACAUGUAAGCAAGAAUGACAGGUGAUCCUGCUAGUACUGUAAGUAACUCACCCACAGGUGGUGGCAGUGAGUUACACUGUCUAGAGAAUAUUUUUAUAUUAAAGCCACAUACAAAGUCAUCCUAGCUGCUUGUCUGUUAAAACAAGUAUUUUUGUUAACGCCUUACAACUCUGUAAGUAAGAAUUAUUGUAAAGGGUCUCCUGAUACUGAUGUUACACCAUUACACAUCUGAAUUCAACACUGCACUUUUGAUUCCAUGCAUUUGAACACUUACGCAAGAUAAUCAACAGAAUAUUUUUAUACCUGGUUGUUUUUAUAUAUUCUUAUAAUGAAUUGUUUUACUCAGUGUCUAGACAUAAGAACCAAAUCGAUGCAUUAGUGUGCAAUGUUUAUUAAGCAAUACCAACAAUACUGUUGGACCUAUUCAUUCCAGCUUCCCAUGCAGUGAGCCUUGUGCCAUACAUGUCCAAAGAGAUAAAGAAGUCACAAUGGUAUGCAGACAAGGUAACAGUAUUACAGUAGUUCAGUUGGAUUUUUGUCACUUCACAUAUGCCUUGUUUAUUAUGGCAGCUUUGUGCACUACUGCACGGACCAAAUGCAUCUUUACAAUGUUACUUUCAUGGUUUCAUAUUAUUAAUGUAAUCACUCAAAUGCCUUUUUCCAAACUGCAUGAACCUUGGUCACUUAA